CAUGAUAAAGAAUUGUUGUCACUAUUAUCAUUUUUAUCUACAACCAAUAUGCUUCAAGUUAUCGAAUCAAUCCAAGCAAUCGAAUCAUCAUCAUCAUUUGACAACACUGAAAUUAUUAAAAAUAAAAUCAAUGAUGAGCAAAAUCAAGAAAGUAUUUUGAUGACAAUGCAAGAUACACAACUUGAACCAGGAAUUGCUACCGAUAAUAUUGCUAAUGAGCGUAAUGGCAAUGACUAUUCUUCAUCAUUCCAAUCAUUAUUGUCAGCAAUUGAUACUGACAUACUUCAAGCGAUUGUAUUAUUGUCGCUAAAAAAUAUUGAAGAAUUCAAAGCAUCUUACUCGAAGAAAGAUUUAAAUUGCUCAAGUAUUGAUUUUAGUUCAAAUGAAAAAGAAUGCUUGUCCAAUGAGAAUGGCAACAGCAAUGACAAUUCUUCA